GUUCGUUGGAACUGCUUUAAAUCUUAGCGGUAUCGCUGCACAUGCAGUCGUUUACACUGCCGGACGUUUGGAACGAUGAUGAUGCUAUGUUUGACCUUAUGCAACCAAUCAGGCGGCCUAAAAACAUUGACCCGGAUGCAUACAACCAAAAAAUCUCGUUUUGGUCUUCGUUGCUUUCUGAAUACUGCAGGACCCAACGAGUCCUUGUUGUGAGCAUUCGUGCUUUGUCGUCUGUUUUCUCCCGGUAUUUCGCCGAAGAACAGAUUCAUAUGAGUCCUGCCUGUCUCAGUGAAGUUGUACGUGUUCUUCAGGAAUCAGGCGUUAUCAAGGCCUACACUGAUUUCAGUGUUGUUUCUAUACUUCGAAACGGUUUCCAAUUCAUCUUAGGAUUGCCAUUUUACCUAUUCUCGAAGAAAUACACCGAGUACACUGUUUUGAUUAAACCUACAUUGUAGAACUUUUGCGAAUUACCAGGUUUCCCGUCGAGACUAUGAUUCACUUUUCAUCAUUCAAGAGUUCGUGGAUAUUUUCUUGGACGACUUCUUUACUCAUUUCAAUGUUACGAAAAUGGAAAAAAGGAUAACAGCAAGCCUCCCCGCCUAUGAAUUAAGCGAAUUCGAGUCUUGCCUGACUGAAUUUUUCCCCCACGAAUUGACGCGAAGUUAUAUCAGGAAGCUUUGCGUGGAACACUAUCGUUGCGUGGAGGUUGUUCAAGUUGACAAUUUUGGAUUACCGUGUGCUUAUGAUGUGAGUCCACGGAUACUGACUUUGCUUUUUGCUCCAUAGUUGCUGCCUCCUUGCUUAUAGCAACGGCUUCUCGAUUUUAACCUAUACGCUCCUUUCCCACCUCACUUUUAUUAUUAUUUUUA